AUUUAAUUUAACACAAAAGAUACCCAGAGAGACAUAGGAAAGAAAGAGAGAUAUAUACUUUGGUCAUUUCAGGGUUGUCAUUUCUCUCUCAUGUUCUUGAAGAUUAAGGAGAGAGAAAAGAUAGAGAGAUGGGAAGGGGUAGGGUUCAGCUGAAGAGGAUAGAGAACAAGAUCAAUAGGCAAGUUACUUUCUCAAAGAGAAGGUCUGGUUUGCUCAAGAAAGCUCAUGAGAUCUCUGUUCUCUGCGAUGCUGAGGUUGCUCUCGUUGUCUUCUCUUCCAAAGACAAACUCUUCGAAUAUUCCACUGACUCUAGCAUGGAAAGGAUACUUGAGCGAUAUGAUCGCUAUUUAUAUUCAGACAAACAACUUGUUGGCCGAGACAUUUCACAAAGUGAAAAUUGGGUUCUAGAGCAUGCUAAGCUCAAGGCAAGAGUUGAGGUACUUGAAAAGAAUAAAAGGAAUUUUAUGGGGGAAGAUCUUGAUUCCUUGAGCCUAAAGGAGCUUCAAAGCUUGGAGCAUCAGCUCGACGCUGCUAUCAAGAGCAUUAGGUCAAGAAAGAACCAAGCUAUGUUCGAAUCCAUAUCAGCGCUCCAGAAGAAGGAUAAGGCCUUGCAAGAUCACAAUAAUACGCUUCUCAAAAAGAUUAAGGAGAAGGAAAAGGAGAAGAACACGGGUCAGCAAGAAGGACAAUUAAUCCAAUGCUCCAACAAUUCUUCAGUUCUUCAGCCCCAGUACUGCGUAACCUCCUCCAGAGAUGGCCUUGUGGAGAGAGUUGGGGGAGAGAACGGAGGUGCAUCGUCGUUGAUUGGACCAAACUCUCUUCUUCCAGCUUGGAUGCUACGUCCUGCUACCAAUGAGUAAAAUUACCUAAGUAUGAUAUUAAUGUUCAAUAAUUUCAUAAUGUAUCAGCUUUUUUGGUGACUUGACUCUUUAUUAAUACUGAUAUAUAUAUAUUUGUAAUGACGGAAUUACAAUGUCAAGAACGUACGUACGCUAUUACUAGAUUCACUGUGUCUUAAGAACGAAUAUUCAUAUCGUUGUGAUGAUUUCUGAUGAGUGAUGUA